AUGAAACUGGCUACCGUACUCUCCCUCCUCGUUCCCUUUUCUGGCGGAGCUGCACUUCAAAGAACCGCAACUGCGAAGUCUGUCGAAUGUGAUUUGGAGCAACUUUCCGAGUGCACCGUCACCUGUGGCGGAGGCUUCAUGCUCAUGAAAUACGCGUGUCCAGAACCAGUCAAAGUGUGCGAGUGUCCGUGAGUUCUUGAAGCCCCCGGAGCAAAUCUCUCCUCUUCUUGUGUCUAAUUCCUUUCGGUGCAGGGUCGUUUUUCAGUACUAAUCCCAUCUACUACCAGUGCAACAACCGCCCAUGCCUCUCCCAAAACGCCACUCUUCUUGACAAAUUCUACGACGCCGAAGACCAGCAAGCGGAGAGCAACGAGCUGGAAUUCGUAGAUGAAAACGAGGAGAGCGCAGUUACGAAAAAGAAUCCGACCGCAUAA